UCAGCCGGCCUCUGCUGGUCAAGGGCUGGCGGCCGCUCCCGGAGAACGGCGUCGCAGUGUGCCGUGCCCUGUCCUUGCAUUUCAUAACCUGUGUCCUCAAGCCGGUGUUCUCCAGCCCGCAUCCCUGCAUUGCUCUUUCCCCCGUGCGCGCGAGGUGAUGCUGCUGCCAUUGUAAUUUAAGCUUCUCCAGCCAGCGCUAGUGCAAAGAGUACAAAGUCUUGUUCUUCCUUAAUUAGGCGACCUGUAUUCGAAGCUUGUCGAUUUUCAGUGGAAACUGGGUAUGGCUGUGAGCUCCGACAGUUGCAGAUCUCUUAAGUAUCCUUAUGUUGCUGUGAUGCUAAAAGUGGCAGAUCAUUCUGGCCAAGUAAAGAACAAGUCCUUUGAAAUGACAAUUCCACAGUUUCAGAAUUUCUACAGACAGUUCAAGGACAUUGCUGCCAUUAUUGAAACUGUGUGAAAACUGGUUAUUUGGCUAAUAAAUUGUUAUCAUCAUCUAAAAUAAUGGAUUUCAUCUUCUGCAAAAAAACUACAUAAGGAUCAAAUAUUUAUUGAAUGAAAAUUAUACUUUCAUUUUUCUAAAUAAAAAGUGAGAUAAA